CUGGGAAUCGUGUACACCAUGAGACGACACAGCAGCCUCUGCAAGGGAAAACCGCGGCGGUCAUUUAACAGCGACACCUGCGCAUGGUGCAAACAAGGCGGAUAGAGGCGGCUACGGCUACGGCAAAACGGGCCGCUUGCGGCACAUCGUACGAGUCGGUGGGCACGUAAAAGGGAGCCCCGGGCAUCGUGGCGAUGGGCGCUACGAGGAAGCAAACGACGAGGAGCUUAUCCUGCGUUAUAUUUAAAUUCAAGAUGGCUGAGUUCGGGGUCGAUUAGAUUCCUCCCAGUUCACGAUCUACAAUUCCGACUUCAGGGGGCCUUCCAGUUAAAUUUCCGACUACAAGCUCGGAAUUUACGAAUUACGAGUUAAAAUGAAACUGAUAGCAAUGGAACAGUCUAGGAAAAGGACUCGUUCUCACAUUUGGGAACGUUUUGCUGUGUUAUCUCCAACUAAGGUGCACUGGGAGCUGGGAGGAAUCAAAAACGUGGACUGGCCGGGGAUCCCAGAGGACUGGCAUUCUGCAGAACAGGGUGGAUCGGCUUCGGAUGCUAUAAAAACCAGCCAGAGCUCAACACCAUCACCUUAUCUAGCUGCAAGCUGAGAUUUCACGAUGGCUUUUUGGUGGCUCUGCGUGACACUUCUCUUGGCGUUCCCUUGUGGGGCACAGAUGGUUGGAGGACCCGUAGAGCAGUCGCCCGAUAGCCCCUUAGUGAUGGAUGCCGCUCGUGUCGCCAUGACAUUGUACAAUGAACAGGCAAAUGACAAGUACUUCUACGCUUUGGGAAAGGUCAUCUCAGCCAAGACACAGGUGGUGGCAGGAGUCAUCUUUUACUUGGAGGUGGAGGUGGGGCGCUGUGAGAAGCAAAACCAGCAGAUGACAUCCUGCCCUCAGGACAGCAACACCAAGACGCUGCUCUGUGACCUCAGCCUGUGGGAACAGCCCUGGGAGAACAGCAACAAGCUCCUGAAGAGUCAGUGUCGGGACGCUUGAUUUGAU